GGUUGACUUACCCAAUCUCGCAUGACACAUGACACAAUGAAACACUGCCUUGUGCCUUGAACAACCAGAUCAGGUGUAAUAGGUGGGAGCCAGGUAUCUUAACCGAAGUAGCCGGGUAUAGUCAACCAAAUGGGAGAAUGACGGAGACAGGGUGCUAUUCUGCCACCAAACUGGAGAACGAUGGAGGCAGGCUGCUAGAUUCUGCCACCACACCGCAAGUGUUGCACUUCCGUCCUGGGAGUGGAACCUGGGUUGCCUGGGUGAGAGCCAGUGUCGUCUCGUCCGGCUGUGCACAAUGGGUCAGGGCUCAGAAGCUUUUGAUGGCAUCACAAUUCGCGAGAAGUCCCAUAACGGUUAUCACAACCAUAUUGUUAUCCUAUAAAGUGUUAUAUCGACCAGUGCCGGAUGUCAAUGGAAUUCCUGGAGCGGAGACGUUGGCUGUUUGUCUCACCGGUUAUGAGAAGCCAGCAAGGAUAGAGAUUGAGGAGACGGUAAAGCUGAUCGGAGCAGGAUUUACAAAGCAUCUUUCGAAAGAUAACACACAUCUGAUCUGCUACAAGUUUGAAGGGAAGAAAUAUGAAAUGGCGAUAAGAUUGCGCCUACACGUUGUGAAUCACUUGUGGCUGGAAGACAGUGGUAUUGAAGCAGAGCAGCUUGGCACCGGAAAGCUGCCAGGGGCGGCAGCGAAGAACCCAGUUGGUCCCGCUGUUGGACCUGUGUCUUCAGCAACAGUGGGAAAGCAAUCAGACGGACGAGAUCCAUCAAGCAGGAUGCCUAUGGUCGACACCCCGACCUCGAAAAGGCCAGGUCAUCUUUCCCCUCUUAAGGAGAGAAACAGAAUAGACUUCCCAAGUUUGCAGCCUGACAAGCUGGGCCAGAAUGAACAUGUCACCGGGUCUAGGAGCACUGGCUACCGAAAUGAUAUCAAAGAUCGCAGGAUGCAGAGUCCUACACAGCAACUGAAUGGACCAGAUGAUGCAGCGCGAAGGUUUUUAGGUGAUGGAUUAGGAAGCCCAGAUUCAGCGCGGAAGACGGUAGGUGACGGAUUAGCAAGCCCAGAUGCAGCGCGGAAGAUAGAAGGCAGCGGUGCAAGGGACGCUGCAAAUCCAAGCUCUCUGAGCAAGCAGGGAGACAUAGAUCAGAGCGCUGGAACUGCUUCGAAAGUCUCGGCAACAGUUUGUCUGAGUUCCGCAAACCCAGCAGCGGAGUCAUUGUGGGCUGGGCCAGAUGUGGAUGAAACAUGGGCGAACGACAAUGUGAAAUCGCCAGGUGGUAAUGUUGUAAUUACAUAUGUGAAGAGAGGCUCUAGGAGAUCAACACAGAAGGGUGGCCCUCCAGUUGAUCCUGACAAACAACUGAGCAGACAGAAGACAGUAAAAGACAUUGCUGUGGAGACAGGAGAAGCAGAAGGUGGUAUCUCAGCAACUGUUGCAGGAACUGAGAGGACACCGAUCCUGGACCGGAGGAAGAAUGUGGAGAUUGAUCUUGAUGAUGAAGAUACGCAGCCAGAUGAUGAUGAUAGCGUCCAGCGAUUGUGGAUGGAGAGGCAUGGGGGUGCAGUUGGUAAAAACAAUGAAGCAGACAGUUCUGAAGUUAACAGUGGUGACGGCGGUGGCCCAGCGAGGAAGGAAGAAGGCCGCGAGGAAGGCGUUGACGUGACAGUUUCUGACGAGCAGAUGUUGAAAGCUGGCGUUGGUACGGCAGAUGUGGAAGAGAAUGUGGAGAAGCAAGCAGUCAGUGCAAGUGAAUGUGGAACCGAAGUCGUGGGUGGGGACAUUGCAAAGCAGGCGGUGACCAAGAGGUCUACCAGACAGGGAACACCCACUGGGGCAGUGAAGAAAGGAGAGACAGAAGGCGGACCUGUCGGGGUGAAGAAUUCAGAGACAGUGCCUUCUGUCACAGAAAGAAGGAAAGACGCCCCAACGGCUGAGAGGAAAAGCAUUGAACUGCGGAGAUCUGACAUUGACAGUCCAACCAUAAACACAUCAUUGCUAGAAGAUGAUCAAGCAGCUGGCCAGAAGAGUGGAAGAAGACGCAGCAGCGCAGGAAGGAUGUGUCAUGCUACUGUAGCAGGCAGGAAAAGUCCAUCUGCUUUGGAAGAUAAUGGGCCGCUUAGAUCAACAGGAGGUGCGAAACCUCAGGUGGAGGAGAACGAUGGAGAGACGCGAAGAGCUGUAGAUGAUUCGGGUGAUCUGUCUGACAAAUCUGGCACUGGUAAAGGCAAGGACAGUAUCGUGUCAGUGGAUGGGAAGCAAGGGAGCAGUGGGCAGAAAAGAAGGAUGGAUGAUGACAGGCAAGAAGUUGAUCUACAAAGUGAUGAUGCAGGCGAUGAGGUGAAGGCAGAUGUUGGCAGUCCGGCAACUGAGAACAGGAAACGCUUGAAGGGUGACAAGGCCAACGACGGAAGCAGGAGGAGGUCUGGUGGGAGGGGAUCAGGGGGAAGAGGUUCGGUGAAAGGUUCUGGGAGAGGGUCUGGGCGAGGAACUGGAGGUCGUGCGCAGUCAAAGGGAAGGGGUAGAGGUAGAGGUAGAGGUGGUAGAACUGUUGAUGCAAGUCCUACCGUCCAAGAACCAGAGACACCCAAUCUGUUGUCAAGAGGGAGAGAAGUUGCUGAAGCACUUCUGCAGGCAAGUUCAGUGCCUGGGAAUGGAGGGAAGGACGAUGCCAGCUUAGCGUAUGUCAGCAGUGGGGAAGAUGCCGGAAAAGACGCCAGUCCUGAAGCAAGCCCGGCAGAGAAGGGGGGAAGUAAGCGCACGGAGAGGGGUCAAAAACUUCUCCCUGUGAAGAGAAACCUUGAAACAAAGGAGCCAACACAAGGUAGCCGAAACCUGCGGGCAAAAGUUGGGACAAAAAUGGAUAUCGGGGAAGGAAAAGGGGAGUCCGACACGGAUGGAGUAUCUGAAGAUGACGACAAGGACUGGCUGUCGAGGGUGAUGACAGGCGUUAAGAAUGCAGCAGACGCAGCAACUAAGGCACAUCGUGCUGGAGGUGCCUUGAGGAAGAAAAAGGCUGCAGACAAAUUGGUAUCCGGCGCACCCACACAGGAUGGGGAAGAAGGUGUAGGAGGAAGCGGAAAGGCGAUAGAGGAGGACCCAUCUCGAGAAGUGAUAGGUGUUGAAGAUGGUGAUCAUGAUGAUGGUAGCUAUGUGCCUGACAAUCAGUCGAAGAAGAGGGAUGGCAGGGGCAAAGCAGAGAAUCGGCCAGGUGGAGGGCAAGGAAGAGGGAGAGGAAGAGGUAAAGGUAAAGGCAGAGAGGAAAGAGGAAGGCUAGAAAAGCUCGGGGAUAAUGAUCUAUCCAGUUUAAAGAAGCCAUUAUCAAAAACAGGAAGGCAGGGGAAAAAGGAUGAUGGAUCUGGAAUCGUGAUUAGCGAAGACAGACAAAAUGAUGCGGUCGAUGGCAGAGGUGUCGAUGCUGACAAUAGUGCAAGGAUCCCAGCCAAUGCAGUGUCAGGUCUGAGUGACGCAGAUGAAAAGAACCCAGGCGUUAGCGCUGUUGCUUGCGCCGGAGAUAUCGAAUCUGAGGUAGAUGAGGCAAAUGAAGAGAAUGGUAUUCAUGAUAGGAUAAAGAGGAAGGUACGUGAAGAGAUUGAAGCAAGAGUGAACAUCAGGCGAAAUAUGAAAGAUGGCCUGAAAGCGGAGGAGCCUGUGUCCAAAGAAAAGGCACCUAAAGCUAAAGGGAAAGGAGUGCAGAAGAAAGUUCGAGGCAGGGGAGGGGGAAGGGGAAAGAUGAAAGGUGAACUGGGAUCGUCAGCAGAGCAGGCUGAAAGUCUGGAGGGGGAUGGAUCUAGAUCUACCAAUGCGAAGAGACUUCAAGACACCCGAGGAGGCUCCGGGGAAGGAGAGGCCCAUGAUGAAUCAGUUGGACCUGUUGUAGCAAAAGUGGGAGAGAACGGGGGGGGGGUUAAGCGGAGUAUGAAGGCUUGUGUUUCAAAGGCGAAUAAUGUGACAGCAGUGAAGUGCUUUGCUCUCACAGGGGAUUACGGAGAGAAAGAGCAGGCCAAGGCGAUCAUCAAGCGUUUAAAAGGGAAACUCUGUGGAGAGAAGCAUACGUGGAAAGACAGUGCCACCCACUUGAUCUUGCAGGCUCCUAAGCGGACAGAGAAAGUGUUUGCAGCAGUUGCAGGCGGAAGGUGGUUGCUGCAGCCAUCCUACCUGUUAUCGUCUCUUGAAGCAGGGUCUUUUGUUGACGAGUCGAAACAUGAAUGGUCCGAAGAGUCCACUGAUGCUGACGACGUAAUAGAUCUAAGGGCCCCAAGGAAGUGGAGAGAGCAGCGGGAAACCACUGGGUGUGGUGCUUUCCAUGGGCUGAAAGUCGUCUUCUAUGGAGCAGAGGGGUUUACAAAACCUCCUAUGGACACGUUGAAGCGGGCAAUACAUGCUGGCGGAGGGCAUGUUUCUGCAGUGAAGCCACCAUACACCAGGUUCCUUUCAAAAGGAAUUGAUUUCGCAAUCGUUAAGGAGGGAGUGGACCGCGAUGAUGAUUACGUGGAGCAGUUUUUGGAAAAGGGCGUUGCGUGCGUGACUCCUGAGUUCUUUCUGGACUUCGUCUUGAAACCAUCGGCGCCUCGGGAACAGCACAUUCUGUACUCCACAGAGGAUUGUGUGAAAGCAGUGCUCAAAAGACAGAGGGCAAGGAUCGAUGCCGCGACUUACGUCUCUCAAUUGCCACCCUCUCAACACGAAUGCGAGGACAGUGAUCAAAGUGCCAAUCUUGAUGUGCUCGCUUGCGAGGUUUGUGGGAAGGCAGACAAGGAGGACAAAAUGGUUCUCUGUGGAGAUGAUCUGGGAAAGAGGGGCUGUGGAAUCGGUACGCAUAUCUUCUGCAUGACGCCACCUCUGAAGAGGGUUCCCGACGAGGAUUGGUUCUGUAAUAAAUGCAAGUCCCCGUAUGACUGGACGUCUCUGUAGGAUCGAUACAGGCAGGCGUGGCAGGCAUGUUGUGCAAUUGGUGUGUGAGCCUCGAGAUUAAGUUUUUCAAAUCCUGUGUGUUUCUUGUGUACUCUGGGAGUAUGGUAAACCAAUGACAACC